AUGCUUCGUUACCUGUGUAUGAGAAAAUUCGAGAAGUCGUAUUUGCUGACAGCGCCUUGGCUUAAAACCAGCAGUAAUGACGCCAGCAAGAGCACUGCCAAUUCUCCCGCCAUACACGUGACGAAUGUCGGCGUAUUGUUGCACAAGGCCGUGAAAGACGACGACUACGAGACUGCAGAGGUCCUACUUCCAGAAAAGUGUGAAUUAAACAAGCUUUUUGAAGACGAUAUGACCCUUCUUCAUGCGGCAAUAAAAAACAAAUCUUAUAAGAUGGUUCAGCUAUUGCUCAAACAUGGAUCCAUGGUUAACCCAAGCAGGAAGACACCAGAAUCGAAGACUCCGUUGUUUUUAGCCGUAGAAGUAAACUCCAUUGAAAUAACGCUUCUGCUUCUGAGUAACGGAGCUUUCGUCAACAAAGCUAGGACUCAGUCUUUAUUCGCAAAGAAGGAAGUGAGCCUAGAAGAUUAUAAAAUCAGGAAAGGCAUGGCGGAAACCAAGACAGAGGAAACCAAGAACGAGAAUACCAAGAAAAAGAAAAAACAAAUGAAUGAUUUACUACUCAUCUAUGUGCUCAAAAAGAACACGCUACUUAUGGCGGACAUUUACAGACUGAGUAAAUAUGCCCCGAUUCCGAAUGCGAUGUAA